UUCUUUUCAGUUGGCGGUGCAGGACAUGUGGCGCCGAUGGCGGUGAUGGUGGCCCCCAGCAAAGUGGAUUACAGUGUUACCAAAGGAGGCCUCAGGCUUUGGGCUGUGCUGCUAGUAUUUGUUGUGCUUUGCUCCAGUCUUUACACUCUUUUCUCCGCCAAGGAUCUGACGGAGCUAGCACUUGAAAUCGACAGCGAUGAGAAGUGGGAUUUCGAUGGCGACAUCGAUGAAGAUGCGGACGAAGUUGCAGCGCAGAAUAGGCGAGCAGAUAGAGACACCACGCCAUCUCGGGAGUACAUCUCGCAAUCCAGAACAUUCGACGAAAACCGGAAAGCCCACCAGCCAAUGCAGGAUGUGCACGAUUCAAGUAAAUUUGUUUGA